GUGACCUUUGGCUCUGGCUGGACAGGGUUGAGGAUGGGAUGUAAGGAGCUCGGGCUCCGGGAAGGAAUGGGGUCAGUUUUCCCCUUAGGCACUGUGCCCUUCUUCUCUGACUUCGUGUUUGGUUGAGUGGGGUGAUUCAGGGGUGACUCAAGGCCACCCCACACACCCCCAGAUUCCUUGGAGAUGGCACGGGGUGUGCCAUGUAGCCAUGUGCUGUGCUGGCCACAGCACCCGUGGGAAGGGGAAGAUCCAGUGAGGAGGGGCAUUGUACCCCCACACCAGUGUGGCCACAGGGUGCUGGGUCUCUGAAAUGUCAGAGAACGGGACGGUCAGAGCUGCCUGCCUCGAUGCCUGCCUCUGCCACAGCCGAGCCUUGCAGCCUGGCCACAGGCCAGCGGCAUAGUAGCAGGCUCAGCAAGUCCCGGGGGCGUGGCACCAGCCAGUGGCGGAGCCGGCCUACACCGGCUGGGCCGGCAGCGGCAAGGCUGUGCAGUCCACUGGGACGCGUGCUUAUAGCACAGAAGCCCGGAUAGGGAGCGUGCCAUGAGCUCCCUGCUCUGCUAUGCCCUGCCUGCUCUGGGAAGCUAUGUCCUACUCUCCAUCUUCUUCCUGCGCCGGCCGCGCCUGCUGCAUACGCCCUGGACUCCAGCCUUCCGUCCCCACCUGGCAGCCCAUCGGGGAGGGUCUGGAGAGCGGCUGGAGAACACCAUGGAGGCCAUAAUGAACUCCAUGGCUCAAAGAGCUGAGCUCCUGGAACUGGACUGCCAGCUGACCCGGGACGGCGUGGUAGUGGUGUCACACGACGAGAACCUGUCCCGCCAGUCAGGGCUGAAUAGGGAUGUGGGCAGCCUGGACUUCGAGGAGCUGCCCCUGUACAAGGAGGAGCUGGAGGUUUACUUCUCACCAGGCCACUUUGCCCGCGGGUCAGACCGGCACAUGGUGCGCCUGGAGGACCUGUUCCAGAGAUUCCCGCAGAUGCCCAUGAGUGUGGAGGUCAAGUCGAACAAUGAGGAGCUUAUUCACAAGAUAGCAGGCUUGGUGAGGCAAUUCGAUCGCAGCCAGAUCACCAUCUGGGCCUCAGAGAAGAGCUCAGUCAUGAAGAAGUGCAAGGCCGCUAACCCAGAGAUGCCGCUGUCCUUCACAAUACCCCGAUCAUUCUGGGUGCUGCUGCUCUAUUACCUGGGGCUGCUGCCGUUCGUCCGCAUCCCUGAGAAGUUCUUCUUGUGCUUCCUGCCCACCAUCAUCAACAGGACCUACUUCCCCUUCUCCUGCUCUGGACUGAACCGGCUGGCGGCCGUGGUUACGAAAUGGGCCAUCAUGAGGAAAAGUCUGAUCCAGCACUUGGAGGCGCGAGGGGUGCAGGUGAUAUUUUGGUGCCUCAAUGAAGAGUCAGAUUUUGAAGUGGCCUUCAACCUAGGGGCCACCGGGGUCAUGACCGAUUAUCCGACAGCCCUGAGACGGUACCUGGAUACCCAUGGAGUACCAGCCCAGGCCUCCUAAGGCCGAGGCCUCCUCUGUUUUUCUUCCUGAAAAAUAAAUACUUUCUUCUCGGUCA